AUUUCCUAGCUUUCAAUCUGUUAUUUUUAUUAUGUGUACACAUAGGCUGUAGAAAACUGCCACUGAGAACAGAAUCCACCUCUGGUUAUUCCCAGUGACAGCCAUCAAAAAGCAGGAGCUGCUUUUCCAAUCAAGGAAUCAUCUUGUUGUGAUACAAUGCUAAAAACAUACUGUGAGGUCACUGAAGCAUCAUAUAGAAAACUUUCAGACUGGAAGCGGUCAGGAUCAUAAAGAUAGAAACAGGAGAGGACAAUCAAAUUAUUAACAACCCCUCAGAUUUCUUCUAGCAUGAUACAUUCUUCUAGCAUGUUCUCUGGGCAGAACACAGCAUUGAUGCAGCACAGGAUUCCAAACAAAUUCAUUUUUUCAUCCUCUUUAUCAGAGGCAGAAUUAUUUAAUAACUUUCUUUUGAAAUAGCAAGGUCCAGCCCCAAACGCUUGAGCGCUGAGGUACGGAGAGAUUCUCCAGGAGCCCAGUGAUUCCAGCCUCAGUUGGGUGGGGCUUCAUUUUGCUCCUGGCAACAGCUCCUCAGGGCGUAGUUCUUCCCCUGCCGGCUUUCCCUAGGGUUUCAUGGCAGGGGGUAAAAUUUGAGGAGGGAUAAUCCUGCCCCUGGAUCCCUGCAGGAUCGCAAUCCCCCUCGAUAUACACACGGUGACGAUUGGUUUAUUAACAGAUGGCAAUUCCGGGAGGCUGGGGGUGGUUCCCUGCCCCCCGCUUUGCGAGUCUCCCCUCUCGGACUGUCGGGGCGGGGGAGAGGCUCCUGCCGCCGGCCCCUGGAAGGGGAGGAGAGGGACGAAGAGUAGUGUCUGCGGCUUCGUAGGGAAGUCGAUCAGAAAAGACAGACACUAUGAAGGGGAAGACGUAGCACUGCAUCAUCUGUCGUCACGUGAGUAUCUCCUCCCCCUGGUGGGCUUUGGUAUAAAUGGAAGAGGAAUUUCAGCACGCUCGAACUAAACAACAUUUCUGUGUAAAUACACAACGUGCUUCCUCCUACGUUUUCUCUUCUAGAUGGGGCUCAGAUGAACAAGCCUUUAUCUUGAAUCCCGUCGUAAGCACCACCAUGUGGGAACCGGGCUGGACCUACCAGAGGCUGCAGCAACAGCCUGGGCGGCCCUGAGCAGAAGCGACGAGUUCUGUCCUCUUCUUUGGGAUGACUUAAAACAAGCUGCUCUGUUAACAAGCGGUAAGUGAAUACCCCUGGUUUAUCCAGCAUAGCUCUGUAAACCCUUGCAUAGGCUGAGUGGAUCUCGUGGACGGUGCCUCAACCCAUAGGACUGGAUGCGCUGGAAGUGCUGGUUCCCGAGUUUGCCGGCGUCUCUGCCGCAGGACAUGAGACGGUUGUCGGGAGACGUUCCACGGUUGGACACGACAGAUCUCGGAGGUCUUUUCCAACCUUAACCGUUCCAUGAUGUUCUUGCGUCAUUUCAGACAGGAACGCUUCCAUCUUUAACCUCAUGUACAGUUUGUAUGCAUGCUUCCAAUUUUAAAAUUUCCUUCAGGUGAAUGCUGAUGGCCGCAGCUGCCAUUGUUAUUCAGUGUAAAUUACCGCGUAUUCAAAGGCAGAGCUAGUUCUUUCAGUGCAUCCGCGCGUUCCUCGGUGAAAGCACUCAAGGAAUUAAAUUGAAUUUCCAGAGGGAUGGAACCUACAAGCCUUCUUUGAAGAGAGCACAAUUUUAAUCUGUGUUGAGAGCUGGUGAGAUGAGACGUCCCAGACCUUUCCCAGAGAUUCCUGGGAACUUCACGGCAAAAAUCUUACCACGGCGGUGUAGUCGGGAGCCGGUUCCCGGUGAGGAUGAGCCCAACAGAAACCGAAGUGCCGCCGCCCCCCGCUUUCCCGGCGGCUCUUGGAUGCUCCUGAUGCCGCAGGCGGGGCGCCGGGGCUCGGGGCGCAGGCCGGGCUGAGGCGCUGCUCGGGUCCGCAUGCGGGGCCGGGUGUCGCCCCCUUCGAGCAGCGGGGAGCGCGGGAGGGUCCAUCGGGCAGCUGUGCGCCUCCGCACACAGGUAGGCGGCUCCGGGGAGUGCCACCGACGAAGGGAAGGGGCCGCCCGCCUUUUCCCGGCUGCUCCUGGUGGGCUCGGGGCGGGGGAGCCACCCGCCUUCCCCCGGCCUCCCGGAGCAGCUCCGCUGGUAGGCCGGGGCGGCGGGCGGAGCCGCUUCGGGGCCCCCCGCGGGCGGUGAUUCGCGGCGGGCGGGCGGGCGCGCCGGCGGGAGGUGAGUGCGGGAAGGGGGAUGGGGAGACAGGGGGAUAAAGGGGCGGCGGGCCCCGGUGCUCCGAGGUGGGCAGACCAGGGCUGGGCGAUGCUGGGCUCAUGCGGGCAGAAGAGCCCCGCCAAGGGGAGCCUCCCGGCGGAGCUGACCGCGACCCGUUUAUCAGUCAUGAAACGAAUUCUUCUGGUUUUUAUCCUGGCUGCUGCUGUUAUGUAUGGUAUCCUGCAUGGAAAUCUGUGGAGAAAUAACUUCUACUGGCUGCCGCUUACAGCUGUAGAGAGGAGGAAUGCCUUGGACACUUGUCUUCUGAAACCAGCAUUUGAAUCUUUACUGGGUGUUGACAAAAUAUACCCAUUCCUGUGCGCUAAUGAUUUUAUCAGAGUGGCAGAGUUCCAAGGGAGCAAUAAGUUUGAACUACCUUAUGGAAUAAAGAGAGCAGAGCAAUUUUUUCGUUUAGCCCUUUCAAGAUUGCAGAACUGUGGCCUUUCCAGUGAAGAAGACAGCAUUCCCUGUCGACGGUGCAUUGUGGUUGGUAAUGGAGGAGUACUUCGAAAUAAGACAUUGGGGGAGAAAAUUGACUCGUAUGAUGUCAUAAUAAGAAUGAAUAAUGGCCCUGUGAUAGGGUACGAAGAGGAUGUUGGGAGGAGGACGACGUUCCGCCUUUCUUACCCAGAAUCCAUCUUCUCAGAUCCCAUCCACUACGACCCCAAUACCACUGUUGUUCUCAUCGUCUUCAAACCACGGGACUUGAAGUGGCUUUGGGAGAUACUUGGUGGUCAGAAAAUAAGUGUGAAGGGCUUUUGGAAGAAACCAGCUCUGAAUAUGAUCUACAAAUCGAGUCAAAUCAGGAUUCUUGAUCCCACCAUCACCAGGAAAACUGCUUAUGAGUGGCUUCAUUUCCCAAAAAGGUUUCCUAAGAAGGAGAAACCCAAGCAUCCAACAACGGGGCUAAUUGCCAUUACACUGGCAUUUCACAUAUGCCAUGAAGUCCACCUGGCAGGCUUCAAGUACGACUUCACUGACAGAAAUAGCUCUUUGCACUACUAUGGCAAUGAAACCAUGUCUCAGAUGAUGCAGAAUGAAUACCACAACAUCACUGCUGAGCAGAAAUUUUUGAAGAAGCUUAUAGACAAGAACUUUGUGGUCAAUUUGACAUGAAAGCUGAAUGGAAAAUACAAAGAACAAUCACUAUUUUCAAGAUUUGGAAAAUUUUUAUUUUUUGUAUGACAUUUUUAUUUUUUAAGUGCAGCAUAACUGUUUACUGUUUAAAGGAACCCAGAAACCUCAUCAAGGCAAAAGCUUUUAACUGAGGGUAAUGGACUGUUGGAAAAAGAGUUAACUGAAUUUUUGUGAAGCUAUUUAAUAGUGGGAAAACCAUGAAACUUUCAACUGAAAGUAUCAGGGAUUUAUAAAAAUGUGAUAUACAUCACUUACUUAUCAGUGAGAACUCUUUCCAAAUGACUAAUUCUCUGGAAUACUUUCAUUUCUGAUGUUGUCCUCCAAAAGAGUUCCACUGUCAAGAGACUGCGAUGACCGAUGUUCGUUCAGUAGGUGGAUGUAAAGUCAUGACUGUCUGUCUUGUUGUAUGAAAAAAACUAUGCAUCUAAAUCAUUACUGUGUGUUUUGGAGAAGGGGGAACAUACAGACUGUGCAGGUCUUGUUCUGCCGUACUCCUGAGGAGAGGAUGUCCACCUUCAGCCAAGCAGCCACAGCUUCUGCACUGACCAUCACCUCUGAGCUUCUGUCCGCCUUUGCCGAAGGUGAAGACCCUUUGUCCGAUUCAUGGAGAUGUUGGUGUUGACAAUGCUUGUGUUGUACCCAUUUUAUGGAAGAAUCAUACUCUUUGUGCUGUUCAUCCAGUAAAUUUUACAGUUGCUGACUUGACUUAAAAAAGAGGGAAUAUGAAGACUGAAGAGUUGUCCGAACUACCUGUGUGUCAGCCCCCGUACCACAACAGAAACACAAGCUUGGACAGAGAUGUUCAUGCCUGAGUUUAGAGUCAAUGUUUGUUGGAGUCCUAGUUCUUCAGGACCCCAUCUCAUGCAUUCUUCUGUUUGGUCCUCAAAAACAGGUGGAUUUUUCCAAAUGAGGACAAUCUCCUUCCUCAGAUGCUGUAAUGCACCAAUACAAACAAGGAAUACUCCCAUUUUUGGUAGCAGAAUGUAGUAGGGAAUAUCCAGGAUGUACCUCAGCUGAAUUAUCAUUUGGCAUCUGUUUACCUCUUCUGUGUUGAUAUUUAAGUUUGAAGUUUGUGGAUGAACUAAAUCAUUUAGCAGUGGGAACUUGCUCAAGAUUUUAGUUGAAACAUUUAAUGGGAUGUUUAUAUUUCCUGUAUUGGUUUGUCUCUGACAAGCCUGUGAAUAAAUGAAAUCUGCUUGGGAACACGCUUGACAGCUGUCAAAGGACAACAAUAUGCAGUUCCAGUUCUCUUCAUAGGACAUCUAUAUAAAAUUUUAAUUUUAAUUAUGGCAGAAUUUCUGGAAGAUUUUGUGGUUUAUCUUCAUCAAUCAAACCUGAAGAAAUCAGAAAUAAGUCCACUUAAAGUCUUUGAAGUUGGUAGUACUGUUGUUGCUUUUAAAUAAAAUUAUAUAGAGAGGAUAUUUAGGAGUAAUGCAAACAAUCACAAUAUGAACAUAAACCAUGGUAUUUGUUAUUUUCAGGAGGUGAGGAUUGCAAGAGUACUGAACACAAUUUAUUUUGCUGCAGCUGUGUAGAGGAAUUGCCAUUUGGGAGUUAGGGGGAGAGCAGUGUGGUCUGGAGAGGUGCCACAGCUGGAGGGAAGGAGGCUUGUGUUUUCACCCAGUGAUUCCUGAGCUUUGGUCUGUUUCAAGCAAGCUGGACAUACCUGAAAUAACUUGAGAUGUCAGAAAAAUCUGUGGCAUGGGCUGGGGAAGGAUGCAGGUGUGUCCCAGCAAGGGACAGGAUGUGCCAUGGUAUAUUGUCUGCUGCAUGUUGCUUGGCUGCAGCUGCACUCCAGCUGUGUGCAGGGUGGCAGGUGGGGGUGUGGAGGAGAAGGAGCAUGUCCCCAGGUGUUGGAACAGGUGACACUGGUGGUAGAAAUGGAGCAAAUCAUAAUUUCUUCACCAAGUGGCAGAAGGGCUCUUAAUUUUUUGUAUUUCCUUUAUUUUUUCCUGAGACUUUGGAGAGAUUUUUGCUUGAAAAUCUCAAUACAAACAUGUAUACAUAAGAAAAUAGUGACAUUAUUGUCUUUGUGUCUCUACCAGCGUUUAUUUCUCCUGGUUAUUUCAGUUAAAUUAAAAGUUUUGUGUGUGAUUCUGCAGCCGCAGACCUACAGUGAUUUAAACUCCUGACAAUAGUAAUUCUACUGCUGUGGCAAGGCUUUUUGCAGACAUAGCAGUGUUCUCCAAGCUGUUGUUGCAGAGGAGCCCCUGGUAGAUCUUAGACUGUGUUGAGCAGCAGAAGUGGGGGGCUGCCCCUUCACCCUCAAAACCUGCGGUUGCUUCCAGAGCUGCGGCCCCCAGCUCUCCCAAUGGCUGUUGCCACGGUCCAGCUGCAUCCAUGUAAUGUCUUGCAGGAUGCUGUCCAGGAGGAUUUUUUUCCAGGAGAGCUGUUGAAUAUCAUCCAGACACUAUGAGGAGAGUUCUUGUGAUGGUGCAGACUGCAUCCCUCUGCUUCUCCACCCCUGUCUCCAGUUCCAGGAAGUGGGUACAGAGCUCUGCUUUUGAAGAUGUGGUUAUUUUCUCUGCUUUAUUUCAUCUCCAGAGAUACUCUUCCCACUAAUGUAAACUGAUUCCUUCUCUGAUUUUUCUAGUAGGUUUUCUGCUUUUUUUGGGAUUUGGAUUCUAGCUGUAGCAGAACAGACAAAAUAAUUGGAAAAAAAUAGCAGCUUCAUGGUAAACAAAUGGUGUCUCCCAAACUCUUUGUACUUAAAAAAAAUCCCUUCAAUCUUCUUCACUUUUGCCACAAAGAUCAGCUUUUUGAUCUCCCUAUAUUUUUUAAAAAAUAAUGUUUGGUGUUAUCAAGGAAUUUAAUAUGUUCUCUAUAAGCAUUUAUCCAUAUCAGCUGUUUCUUUUCAUAUCCUAAUAAGCCUUCCCAUGGUAUGGCUGACUUAUUUUUCAAAUUAAGCAGUACUUCCAGGGAUAUUUUUCUUCCACUUCCGUGCUCCUGCCAGGGGUGUUGAGUCCACCACAGUUAUUGUCCCUGGGUGACUGGGUAAUGUUUUGAAUGAAACUGUUCCCUCAGGAUCAAGCCAAGAGCUGAUGCUGCUGAUAAACUAUGGGGCAUUUGUGGUGGGUUUUUUUUGUUGUUGUUGGGGUUUUUUGUUUGUUUGUUUUUUUGUUUGGGUUUUUUGUUUUGGUUUGGUUUGGUUUGGUUUUUUUUGAAAGCCCAGCUUGCAGGCCAGUAGCUUUUCUCCUCUAUAAUGCAAGCAGUGAGCCAAGUCAUGAAUUUUUCUCCCCACAAGAUGUUUUGUAGGAUCCUGUGCACUGUUCCAGCACCUGCUUUAAUAAUUCCUGCUGCUCUGCCUUGAGGACAGGUCUUGCUUUGAACUUAAUUCAGGCAGGAACACCCAUGUGUAGUGUAUUUCUCAGCAGUACUCACAGAUUAGUGUCUAUUCUGUCUGGGCACAUAUUUUCACAGGUGUUUUGCAGUACCAAAGACUUAACUUGGGGCUUUUAGAAUAAAACAAUAAUGCUAACAUCAAAUAUUUAGAUAGUUUCUGAACCUGAGCUGCUAUUAAGACUAUUUUACCUUUUUGUUAUUUCUGAAAAUGAAAUCUGCACUGAAACUUCCCUUUAAGAGCUAUCCAGGUUUUUUUUUUGGUUUUUUUUUUUUUUUUUUAAUCAUAUCAGGAGUGAAGCUGCCAGUUUUGAAUCCCAGGGUGCUGCCUGCUUUAUUUCUGUGCCUGAUAAUGGUGUAACUGUGUAGGUCCCCAGUUUCUCCCAUAAUUUUCCUAUCUGAAGUCAGAUGUUCUCCUCCCUUAUUACUCUGUUCCUGUUCUCUGGCAGCUUGUCGAAUUUCUAGACAGCAUCACCUUACAGCAAAGGUGCUUCUGCAUUUUAUCUGCCAUCCCUCUCAAAAUGCUGCACUGUCAGACACAGCUCUAAAAUACCAGACCAGGCACAGAAGAGGCAGGAUGACACAUGUUGGCUGAAAGCUCCAUUUGGCUUAGACUUUCAUGAGGUUUCUUUGUUGGGAAACUGUUAUUUCCUCUGCUGUAAUAAUUAAGGGAAGUCGCAGACUGUUGCACUAAAUAUGAAACUGAGAGUGCCUAAAAGAUGUUCCUAAACAUAUUCCAGAUAUUUUCAGGGACUGUGUCGGUGAUAAUAAUAGAGAAUCACAACUUUGGUGUUUAAUUAGCAUGUGGUACUUCUUGUUUCCAAUGCCAUGCUUUAAUUUUUAGCAAUGCUCUGGGGGAGAGUAUAAAUACCUUCCCUUUUAAGUGGACUCUGGUUUUUAAGAACGUACAAAGCUCUGCAUAUGUUUUUGAUACUGGGAAAUACUUAUUUGCCAUUUGUCUUAAGUUUUAUAUGCCUUUAAAGUGCCACCUGUAUUUUGAAGAAUUCUUAAGAGUUGUUUCCAGUGAAAUUUUGAAUGCUACAUAUGGAAGGAGAUUAUUUUCCUUUGAAUAAACUGUUAAAGACA